GGCGGGCAGUGGGAAGUGUCAGGGUCAGGGGGUAGGAGCGUUGAAACAUGGAAACAAUUCAAUAGGCCCAGCGGGUGCAGUAUGAGCAGGCCAUAGGCGGCGAGUGAAUUCCCCACAGAGCAAUCCAUCACCAGAGCCCCUGAGAGAAAGCCACAGUUGCCUUGUUUUCUUUCUUUUUUUUGGAAAGGAAGAGGAGUGUCUCUACAUGUGACAUCACAAGAAACUUGAAACCGUCAUUUUCAGCAAGCAGCCCUCCCAACUCACUGCCCGCUCCCACAUUUGCUCCCCUCUCCCCAAUCUCUCCCCGAAGGUGCUCCGUGCUCCAGAAACAGGCCAGUGUUGGUAUCCUCUCAGCCCCCAAACUAUCCCUCUGAUCCCAGGAACUUCAACACACAGGCCACCCCUCCCCCCUCUCCCCACACACCUCUGCUUCAGAAAGUCAGCCGGGUCUGUUUUCUGGAGAUAUACCGAUUUCACCUUUCAAAAACUUCUCUCUCUAUCUGACGGAAUAAGUCAGCCUAUGUCCCUAAAGUAUGGAACUGCAGAAGCUAUCAAUUGGUAAUCAUCACCUUGAUGAUGCUGUGCCUGCGGAGGGAGGAAUCCCAGCAGAGGAGGAAAUGUUCCUGCCACACAAGAGCGAUGGAUCAAAGAGACCUCAGUUCACAGACUUUGAGGGUAAAACCUCUUUUGGGAUGUCUGUCUUCAACCUGAGCAAUGCCAUCAUGGGCAGCGGCAUUCUGGGUCUGUCCUACGCCAUGUCCAACACUGGCAUCGUCCUUUUCCUGAUCCUGCUGACAUGUAUCGCCGCUCUGUCCUGUUACUCCGUCCAUCUGCUGCUCCGCAGUGCUGGGGUUGUGGGUAUUCGUGCCUACGAGCAGCUCGGCAUGAGAGCUUUUGGUCACCCAGGGAAGAUCGUAGCAGCUAUCGUCAUCACGCUACAUAACAUCGGAGCCAUGUCCAGCUACCUGUUCAUAGUCAAAUCGGAGUUACCGCUGGUCAUCCAAGCCUUUCUGGGCCAGACAUCCAGCUCUGACGACUGGUUCAUGAAUGGAAACUACCUCAUCAUCAUCGUCACUCUGGGCAUCAUCCUCCCCCUGGCUCUGAUGAAACACCUGGGCUAUCUUGGUUACACCAGCGGCUUCUCUCUCUCCUGCAUGGUCUUCUUCCUCUCUGCGGUCAUCUACAAGAAAUUCAACAUUGCUUGCCCUCUGGAAGUGUUUGGCAACUACUCUGUGACCACCGACGUCUCAGAGGACACAUGCGCUGUCAAAUACCUCACCAUCAACCAAGAGACGGCGUAUACCAUCCCCAUCCUGGCAUUUGCUUUCGUAUGUCACCCCGAAGUGCUUCCCAUCUACACUGAACUGACCAACCCAACCAAGAGAAGAAUGCAGAAUAUUGGGAACGUUUCCAUCCUGGGCAUGUUCAGCAUGUACUUCCUCACCGCCACAUUCGGCUAUCUGACCUUCUACGGGAACACUGAGGCAGAGCUGCUCCAUACCUACAGUAAGGUGGACCCCCUGGACACUCUGAUCCUGUGUGUUCGCCUGGCUGUCCUGGUGGCAGUCACUCUGACUGUACCCGUGGUCUUGUUUCCUAUCCGGCGGGCCCUCCUGCAGCUGCUGUUUCCAGGGAAAGCCUUCCACUGGCUGCGUCACAUCGCCAUCGCCUUGUGUCUGCUGUUUGUUGUCAACCUGCUGGUCAUCCUCGUUCCUAACAUCCGAGACAUCUUCGGCAUUACAGGGGCAACCACUGCUCCCAGUCUGAUCUUCAUCCUUCCUGGACUGUUCUACAUUCGCAUCGUCCCCACCGACCAGGAGCCCAUGACCUCCAGACCAAAGAUCCAGGCUGCGUGUUUCACAGCGCUGGGUUUCAUUUUCAUGUCCAUGAGCCUGACGUUCAUCGGGAUUGACUGGAUGACCGGAGAAAACCGAAAUCUCGGCGGCCAUUAAAGUGUUCGCCCCCAAGCCCUACAGCGACAGCAGCCCACCGCUGCGACCAUCCAUCCUGCGCUCCUCCCCAUUGGGGGGGAAGCAACCUUUCUGCUGGAAGGCUCGGGGCUUUUUGGCGGGAGUGCUUUUAUUAAUCAUAGGGGACAACCCCUUCCUCCAGAGCGAUGAGAGGAGCCCCGACUUGUCCCGUCACCCACCCAGCACCACCAGGAUCCAUCACAGGUGGUGUCGUUCCUCCGUUCUCACAUGAAGAGCUGACGGACAUGUUGACCAUUGCAGCCCCCUCAACCUUUAAAAAGAUAUUCGCCCUAACAGAAGCUAAAUGUGGUGCAGAUUUACAGUGUUUCUCAAAUGUUUUCAGACCCAGGAUUACUUACCCAAUAAAAGAAAACUCACAGACCAUCUAACUAGGGCUGGGCGAUAUGGAGAAAAUCAAAUAUCACGAUAUUUUUGACCAAAUACCUCGAUAUCGAUACCGCAACGAUAUUGUGCUGUUGACUAUUGGUGCUUUCACUAAAUAUUUACACAA